GAAGCCCAGCGAAGGAUCAAAAAAAUCAUGGGCGAUUUGGCUACUUUUCAAUAUCACAGCCAUUGGAUGGUUUGUAGCUUCCGACUCGUAUCAGUAAGUGCUGUGGAUAAUUCACACGAUGGCCAAAUCACACACGGUGACGUUCUCGUAUAACCCUGAGAAGCUUGUGCUGUUCAACGGCACGAGCGAAAGACAAUCACAGGCGGAGAGGCUAGUGGAGCAGCUGGGGCUCGAGGAGACAGGUGUUCUGGACAGUGAGGGGGAGCUGAAGUGGUUGGAGUCGAGUGCUGAGCUGAGUGACAUUCUGAGACAGUGGCGACAGCUGUAUAAGGCGCUGGACCGUAAGAAGCGGAUGCUGAAGCGUGAUGGACAGGUUGUGCGGACAAGCACGGGCACCAGCACAGGAACUAGCACCAGCACAGGGACCAGCACCAGCACGGGCACGGAGGACGACGACGAGGGAGAGGAGAAGGUGGACUACACGAGCAGUGGCAGCACUGACAACGAGCGCAACAGCAUGCGCAGCGACUCUACACAGACCAGCCCGGCCAGCGGUGGUGAUGCCACCACCGGCAUCGCUGGCUCGACGCCUACCUCUGCGAAGCACACUACCGUCUCCUCCGAUGAAGGCGAUAGCCUUCACAGACGGAAGAGGCUAAGAGUGUGACACGUUCAGCCUACAACAUACUCACCGUAUGCCGUAUAAUACUAGUUUUAACUUAUUUGAACCACCUCCUUGUAAGCCAUGGCCCGUAGUUGUUGUUUAAAGCACUCGUAGUGAGCGCCUGGACAGGUUGGAGUUCCUGGUGCUGCGUAGCGAGCGAGGCCUAGGCGGAGGGAAAACGCCGGGCUGCUG